UCAAUUCUAUAAGUGAUGGAAGCAUAGUUUUGAAUACUUUAGAGCCUACAAUGACAUCAGCUAUUGAUAGUGUUGUAUAUACACUUACUCUUAACUUCAGUUCAUUGCAAGCAUCACAAGUUGGAGAAUAUAUUUGUGGAGCUUCACUGAAUGAUGGUACUAAUACUAGUAAUGUAACAUCAAGUUAUUCUGUAGAUGUUCAAGUACCUACUCCUGUGGUCAUAUCUAGUCUCAAUACAACAGGACGUAUUUUUGAGAGCAAUGAAAUUCAGUUAUUAUGUACAGUCACUAUUACUCUACUGGAUGUUGAUCAAACUGUUAACGUUAGUUGGUUUGGACCUAAUGGACUCAUUACAAUGAAUGAUGCUAAGUAUAGCAUUAGUACAGGGAUAAUCAACUCAACUACUAAUGAAAGUAGCUUAACAUUCACUGCAUCUCUAUCAGAUAAUAGAACUGAUUACUAUUGUACUGCUAGUGUUGGACCUGCUAGUACUGUGAACAGGUUUGAACUGAUUAUACCAUCAGAUACUGUUACAUCAACUAGUACUACUAUUAUGUUUCAGAUUGUGCCACUACCAAUAAUUUCUUUUAAUGAUGUUGGUAUUCCAGUAACAGGAGAUUCAUUCCAGUUAGUGUGUACUGGAACUGCACCAGCUAAUGUAUCAAGUAUUGCUACUGUUAGUGUUCAAUGGCUUCUUAAUGGUACUGUGUUUACUAAUGAUACACUGGAAGGAGUCACUGUUACUAAUAGUGGGUCUAUGGCCACAUUAUCAUUCAGUUCUCUUAUUGCUUCCACUCAUGAAAGAGAUGAUUAUACUUGUGAAGCUACUCUUAGUAUUUCUGAUGUACCAACAACUAAAACAGCAAGCAUUAUGUACAACUUCCUGACAUUAACUAAUCCUUUUGUUUUUAUAUAUUCAAGUCAACCUGUCUUUGCUAAUCAAUCAUAUUCAUUAAACUGUACUGUCACAAUAGUGGCUGGAGACCUUAAUAUAGCAUGGCUUGAUGGCAAUGGAAAUGAACUGACAGAAGGAAAUGGAAUAAGUUUCAAUUCAGUUGCUCUUUCUGAUACUGAACGAGGAUAUGAUUUGACAUUUAAUUCACUGAACUAUUCAGACAUUGGAGUGUACACUUGUAAAGCUAGUCUUAGAGUUGAUAGAGGUGGUGUUCUGUUUAAUGGAAAUGGUUCUGCUAAUACAACUGUUAGUAUAAGAAUACCUAUACCACAAGUAUCUAUAUCUCCUGGUGAUAAUUCUCCUUUUAUUCGUGGAACUGUUAGAACUGUUAGCUGUUCUGUUGUUUUCACUCCUCCUUUACCUACUAAUCCUAAUGUCUCAUUUACUGUCUUCAAAGAUGGUGCUCAAGUAUCAUUUGAGAACAGUUCCAAGCUAAUAGCAGUUCAGACUAAAACUACUGGUGCUCUUACUUUUCAACCACUCAAUUUCUCUGAUGCUGGUAAUUAUACAUGUACUGCUACAGCAAGAGAUAAUGCUAAUAAUCCAUUAAUAAUACCAAGCAGUGCUUCUGAUGAAUAUAUUGCUACUGUACAAGGUAUUUCAACUUAA